AUGGCCUCCUCGGCGCCGCCCGCGGUCGAUCCUCGCGAGGAACUCCCCGCCGAACAGACCACCACAACGGAGGAGAAGAGCAGCUCAGACAACGCGAACACGAAUCCCCCAUCGACAUCGACAGAUUCAACGCAAUCGCAAGCCCAGAAACAACCUAGCCAGACUGCCGCGCAAGAUGAUGACGACGAUGAUGACUCCGACUUUGACGAGCUAGACGGUAGGUUGAUACCAAACCCACUUAACCCCGCCAAAAUCCUCUCCGCGCACAUCCACCAAGCAUGGCCGCUACAACUGAACUUCGUCGCCUCAUCAAUCCAUCUCAGUCAUCAUCCACUUGGCAUACGUGAACUAACAUGUAAUUCUACCCUCUGCAGACGUCCUCGAUAA